UUGAGCGAGGCCAGCAGGGCCGUCGGUGCCGCGUCCGUGUCAAACCGUGUCCGUGUGUGUGUGUGCGAUGGAUUACAUCAGCGUGCUGCUGUAUCUGGUGCUGCCCAUUUUGGGCCUCGGGUACUACUACACCCGGCAGCUGUACAGCUACUGGAGCGCCCGUGGCAUACCGCAGCUGGAAGCAUCGUUCCCGGUCGGCAAUAUGAAGGAUGUCGGGCGGAAGGUACACUUCAAUGACGUCAUGAAGGUGGCCUACGAUAUGGGCAAAUCGCUCGGCAAACCGUUCGUCGGGCUGUACUUCAUGCUCAAGCCGGUGCUGAUCCUCACCGAUCUCGACAUGGUGAAGCGUGUGCUGGUGAAGGAUUUUAACAGCUUUCACGAUCGUGGGCUGUACGUGAACGAGCGGGAUGAUCCCCUGUCCGGGCAUCUGUUCGCGAUCGAUGGUGAACGGUGGCGCUAUCUGAGGAACAAGCUUAGCCCCACCUUUACCUCCGGCAAGAUCAAGCAGAUGUUUGUGACGAUUCGCGAGAUCGGUGACGAGUUUCUCGGUUCGGUCACCAAGUACGUGGAGCGCGGCGAACCGAUCGAUAUCAAGUUGCUGUGCCAGUGCUUCACCUGCGAUGUGGUGGGCUCGUGUGCGUUCGGGUUGCAGUGUAACUCGCUCAAGAACGAAGGCUCCAAGUUGCUCACCAUCGGCGAUGAAGUGUUCAAGCCACCGGCGUGGCGGAACAUGUACACCUUUCUGCUGAUUUCAUUCCAAGAGCUGGCCCGUAAGCUACGUCUGCGGGCCUUGCCGAGUUCCAUUUCGGACUAUUUUAUCGGUUUGGUUAGUGAUACGGUCGCGCACCGCGAGAAGAACCUGAUCGAACGGCCCGAUUUUCUGAACAUGCUGAUUCAGCUGAAGAACAAGGGUACGGUCGAGGGGGAUACGCCGGCAUCCGGGACGGAUUCGGCGCACGAUAAGCUUACGCUGGACGAGGUAUCGGCGCAGGCGUUCGUGUUCUUUUUCGCUGGCUUCGAAACGUCCUCCACGACGCUAUCGUUCGCACUGUACGAGCUGGCCAACAAUCCGGACAUCCAGGAAAAGGUACGGGAGGAGAUCAUUGGUAAGCUGCAGUUACACGACAACCAAAUCACGUACGAAGCGCUCAAAGAGAUGACGUAUCUCGAUCAGAUCAUAAAUGAAACUCUGCGCAUGUACCCACCGGUGCCGCAGCUGAUCCGUGUCGCCACGAAACCCUACCCCGUGGAGACGGUCAACAUGACACUCGAGAAGGACUGCAUGCUGAUGAUUCCGAUCUACUCGAUACACCACGAUCCCAACAUCUACCCCAACCCGCAGCAGUUCGAUCCGGAUCGGUUUGCCCCGGAAGCCGUCCAUGCACGGCACACGAACGCGUUCAUUCCGUUCGGUGAUGGGCCACGGAACUGUAUCGGUAUGCGGUUCGGUCUGCUGGAGGUAAAGUUCGGUAUCGUGCAGCUGCUGAGCAAGCUACGGUUCACGGUGAGCUCGCGCAUGCAAAUGCCCCUGAAACUGUCCAAAUCGGCCUCGAUCCUGGAGGCCGAAGGUGGCAUCUGGCUGAACGGUACCAAGCUGUAGAGCGAAUGGGGAGCUCAAUAUGGUCGCUCGCUAUCGGUGUCCCACCCGAGUGCAAUACUAACUAACUAACUAACUAACUAUCAAACUUGUGCACGGAACUGGCACGGCCGACCGGGGCCGUCUCUCUAACAUUACUUACAAUGGAAACGAUCCUGUCUAUGUGUGACUGUUCCGCGAGUGAAAUGAAGAAAACGAAAUAAAGGGAAAUUAUAACGGACACUGACAGAA